CUCUGGAGCACAUUCCUAACUCAGUGAAACUGUGGAAGUCUGCCGUGGAAUUAGAAACACCAGAAGAUGCCCGCAUCUUACUCAGCAGAGCUGUGGAGUGCUGUCCAACCAGUGUAGAGUUGUGGCUGGCGUUAGCAAGACUUGAGACGUAUGACAAUGCUAGGAAGGUUUUAAACAAAGCCAGAGAGAACAUCCCAACAGAUAGAUUAAUAUGGAUUACAGCAGCAAAGCUGGAAGAAGCUCAUAACAAUACAGUGAUGGUGGAUAGGAUCAUUGAAAGAGCUAUCACCUCACUGAGAGCCAAUAUGGUGGAAAUCAACCGAGAGCAAUGGGUGAAAGAUGCAGAAGAAUGUGAAAAAUCAGGAAGUAUUGCAACAUGUCAAGCAAUUAUCCGUACUAUAAUAGGCAUUGGGGUUGAAGAUGAAGACCGAGAACCAACCUGGAUGGAUGAUGCUGAUACA